AUGCAGAACGAACACUCGGAAUUUGCAAAGAUGUCACAGACCCUCACCAACGUCCAAGAAUUGAGGCUUCGUGCCUCCACUACCCGGCAUGCUCUCUCCGACAUCGUGCGCGAGAAAGACUGGUCUGACUUUCAAUUUGCUCCUAUACGGGAGGCGACUGUUUCCCGCGCGAUGACGACUCGAUACUUCGAGGACCUGUAUAGGUAUGCGGUGUCGGAUGUUGUGAUUGUGGGUGCCGGCUCCUCUGGGCUGUCUGCAGCAUACGUGCUUGCAAAGAAUCGGCCGGAUCUUCGCAUUGCUAUCAUCGAGGCAAACGUCGCGCCAGGCGGCGGGGCUUGGCUGGGUGGCCAGCUGUUCUCGGCGAUGAUCAUGCGGAAGCCGACGCAUCUGUUUCUGGACGAGCUAGAGAUUCCGUAUGAGGACGAGGGUGACUAUGUCGUUGUCAAGCAUGCGGCAUUGUUCACCUCGACAGUUCUUUCAAAAGUGCUGCAGUUCCCAAAUGUGAAGCUUUUCAAUGCGACGGCGGUGGAGGACCUGGUGACCAAGCCCUCGGCCAACGGUGGUGUGACCAUAGCUGGGGUUGUCACCAAUUGGACUCUGGUGACAAUGGCCCACGAUGUCCAGUCGUGUAUGGACCCCAAUGUCAUCGAGCUGGAGGGAUACAAGGAUGACGGCACGAGAGACCCCAAGAAGAAGCACGGGGUCGUUCUAUCUACUACGGGCCAUGACGGGCCUUUUGGGGCCUUCUGUGCUAAGCGACUGGCCGCAUUGGAUGCCCAACACGCUAUCAAAGGUAUGCAGUCGUUGGAUAUGAACACAGCGGAGGCAGGCGUGGUUAAGGAAUCUGGUGCUACUGCAGGAGUUGAAUAUAUGUACUUUGCAGGCAUGGAGACUGCAACCAAGAAAGGUGUCUCACGUAUGGGACCCACGUUUGGGGCAAUGGCCGUGUCGGGCAUAAAGGCUGCGGAGGAGAUUCUAAGGCACUUCGCCGAAUAG